AAUCCACAAUUGAUUGUCAUGUUUUCAUGCCACAGUGAGGAAAGGUCUGACCUACAUGUGCAGCGUGUCUGGCUUUAUUAUAGGAUGGUGUAAAACAUUUAAAAGAAAUGCAUUGUGGAAUCUGCUGGCUGCUGUGAAAUUAUUCAGCUUUUUUAAACUGCAGGUUUUUGCAGUUUAUUUUUUACUUUUUAGAGAAAGACUAACAGAACUUGACUGACAGCUCAUUGUGACAAUCCUGUUGACCGUCAUCACCAAUGUAUAGCAGCAGAUAUUCCCAGGUCAAGAAGUUCAAUCCAGAGGCUCAGAAGAAGAUGCAGUACCGCUCGAAGGGCAAGAGUUGUGGCUACUACGUGCGCAUCAUCUUCUUCUUCUCAUCUCUUAUUCAGUCUCUUAUCAUAGUCAGCCUUGUGCUCUUUCUGAUCUACGGGAAGACCCAGGCCUCUGCAUCUUCAGCUGGUGUCCAAGACCUGGAGGAGAGCUUCAGUCGACUCUCCAUUGAGAACGUUGCCCUCCGGCACCAGAGGAAAAACCUGACCAACCUCCUAAAUACCACCCUCACUGAAAAGGCUCGGAAUGACUGGGACCUCGUUAACCUGAGGGGCUUAGCCAACAGGUCAAUCACAAUGUUCCAGUUCUAUGACAUUCAGCUGCAACAGUGCAACUUUGAGUUGGUGAGCUGCAAGUUUAAACCUGGUAAUAUCACACCCCGUACUACAUUUACACAGCCUACUGGGGACUGCAACUGUGGGCUGCUGGUUCAGCAAAUGAAAGCUGGACUUGAAUUAAUGAAAUCCAACUUGACUCAAACAAAGCAGAUAAUGACAAUGGAAAAAGAGCAGAUUGCCAAAGAGAGGGACAACCUUAUCUUGGAAGCUAUCCGUCUCAGGAGAGACAAAUCCACUUUGGAAAAGGAGCUAGAGCUCUUCAGGCAGAAAUCAAAGGACCAGUUUUCUCAGUUGUUGGGUCCUAUCUCGUCCGUCUCUAAGGCUUUACUGGAGAAGAUAGAUUCUCUCUUCCCUAAGCACCUCGCAUUCCAGCUCACUUGUGCAAAACAAAAGGAACACUUGGAGCAGAUCCAAACCAACUGCACCAGCCUGUCCCGGGAAGUGGAGAACAAACUCCAGCGCUAUCUGGACAUUGUGGGAGACCAGGUGUCAAACAUGCAGAUAGAGAACAACCACUUAAAGGCAGAGAACUGGCGGUUAUCUCAGGACUAUCGCUGGUGCAGCCAAAAUCGCACGAGCAUGAUAGAGCAGCACAAACGAAGCAGAGAAGAGCUCCAGCUGAAACAUGAUCAGGAGAAGGAGAAACUCCUAAUGGACAAGCUGAAGAUGACUGGAGAGAUAGAGGUCCUGAAGAACAGUGUGAAGUACAAAAAUGCAGAGGUGGAUCACCUUAAAGAACAAAUAAAUCAUCUCAACAUGUCAUGCAUGGCGAGGAGUGGACUAGGUGGAUAUUCAGGAGGGGUCCUGGGCUCACGGUCAAACACACAGAGCCAGUUUGGGUUUGGCUCGUUUGGUGGUGGUGGUUCCAGCCAUUCCUCUUCCAGUACUUCCGGUUUAGGUCAAGGUAGGACAGGAACAGCUGGGUCAGGUUCAAGCUUUAGCUCUGGAUCAGGAUUCAAUAGGGCUCCAUCUACUGGAGUAGGCUCAUCAAGUUCAACUUUGCAACAGUUUGGGUCAAGCCAAACUCUAACCAACACAGGGCAAGGUUUUAAUAAACCAGGAUCAACUGGAGCUGGCACUUCAAGUUCAACCUUUCGGUCAUCUGAGUCAAAGUCAACCCUAAGCAACAUUUACCCAGGCCUGAGCAGUGCUGGGACAGGAGUGAAUAAACCUGCAUCAACUGGGGGAGCUUUCUCAAGCUUAGGAUCGUUUGGGUCAAGUCUCGGCUCAAGUGGGACAGGAUCAAACAAACCAGCAGAGAGUGGAAGAAGCUCAACAACCUUUGGGUCAUCCUUCGGGUCAGUUGGGUCCAGUUUAAAUCAAGGUUCAAGUGGGACAGGUUUAAAUAAGCCAGCUUUGAGUGGGGCAAGUUCAACAGGUUUUGGGUUUGGGUCAUCAUCUGUGUCAAGUGGAACGAGUGCAUCAAGUGGGUCUAGUGGCUCAACAAGUAAAACCCCAUCAUCAGGUUUCAAUUGGUUUGGUCUUGGUAGCAGUACUUCAGGGCAAAGUAAGACAGAAAGUGUGCCAGGGAAAACAUUUCCUGGAAGUGGGAAUAGUGGAACUGGGUCUGCGUUUGGUGGAAAGACAAACGGACUGGCGGGUAGCCCAGCCGUCGCCCAACACAUUCAAGAGCUCCAACGCCUGAUCAACCCACCUGUCCCCCAGGAGAAGCAAGAUCUAUCCAGAAUGUUGGGUUAAUCCAACCAAAAUAUAUAUGGAGAAAAAGUUAAGAUUUAGAUUACAAGGGUAAUGUAAUAAAUUCAUAAAAGAGAUUAUGGAAGUUUUUAUGUACUGAGCUCAUUUACAGUGACUAUAAAAUUGUUUAUAUCAUUUGAUUUUUUUCCACAUUUUAUCAUGUAAUAAGCACAAACCUCUAUGUACUUUUCUAUUUUAUUGAGAUGUUUUGUGAAAGAGCCACACAUGGUAGAGUUUAUUUUGUGGAAGGAAAAUGAAGUGUGGUUUUUAAUUUUUUUCAAAUAAAAAUCUGAAAAACUUCUCUGGAUCAAUA